AGUGGCGUAUUAGAAAAACGAGCGGAACGAUGGCGAGAUAUAUGGGACGAUCGCGUCUGUCGGAAUUCUUUGCUAGCCGUUCAUCAGCACCUUUACCGCGACCACCUAAAGAUGACUAAGGAAUCAAAACAAUUCCAAGAAUUUUUCGUGAAAGAAGACAUUCAUCUGAUUCAGCAGAAUUUUCAAACCUUGGUCAAUUACUGCGCAGAUGACAACUUGGCAUGUUGCCAAAUUUUCAAGAAGCUAUGGGCUGAAUACCAGAAUAGGUUCCCUCAUCCGGCAACGUUGUACGGGAUGCUCAACAUGGGCAACGCUUACCUUCCCAUCAACGAAAAUUGGGAACUUUUCUAUCGAAAUAAUGAAAAAACUUGUGAGGAGACAAAAGAGGCAGGAGCUCGAGCGUUGGUAACUGCUGCUAAGCGGGUGUUGCACGAUCUGAAACCUGACAUAAAUGGCGAGGCACGGAUCGACGCUUGGCUUUUCGAUGUUGACUGGUCGAUAAAGGGUGAUCACGAGUUUCCAGAGUGGUACUUCAAGCUAUUCUCAAAACGAGGCAAUGUUUAUCUCGACAAGGAGUCACUGAGUAGUGAAGACGUAACUAUGAAAAGCGCCUAUGUACCACUAAUAUUUGGUAUGACUUAUGGUCCAUACCCUCUUCAUCGCUCGCGUUAUUAUGGGUGGGGUUAUUUGGUACCGAAUGAAAAAGCCCAGAAUGUUGGCGAUCCACUUGGAAAGCAUUUUCUACGUUACAUUGAUUCAAAAAUCCUUCGACCAACGAGGCAUGUGGACGAGUUCUUCGUUCUUCUCGAAGCUUUGAAGACAACCAAGUUCUGGACAAACUAUGCGAAACGUGUCGAAUCGGAAAUUCCCGUCUGGUACGAAACAAGUGAUGGGGCACGGCUAGGCGCUAUUGCUCCAGCAAUUGUUCCAGCGGGAACAGUGUCCAGGAGAAGUGUGCACAAAUUAUGGGUAACGCUCACGAAUGAAUCGGGUACAGGUCGAAUAGGCACGGGAAUAAAAAGUCUCAUCCAAGCACCCGAUGGGUACUUGUUGGUGGGAGCUGAUGUCGAUUCGCAAGAACAAUGGCUUGCUGGUCUUUUUGGAGAUGCAAGCCAUGCAAGGUCCUCGUUGCCGUGUCAUCGUCUUAUCCUAUGCCUCACUCCAUUCAGUAAUAUGAUGUUGGCUGGUUCAAAGGCCGAUGGCACUGAUCUGCAUACUGUGGUAGCAAAUCAGCUCAAAAUCGAUAGAGGUCAAGCUAAGGCUCUGAACUAUUCUCGGAUGUAUGGUGCUGGAGAAAUCAACGCCACAAACACCUUGUCCAAAGCGGGUAUGACGAUGGCCCAAGCAGCUCAAACAGCAAAAGAACUAUUUGCGGUCACCAAAGGAACGGAAAGCAGUGGGUUUUGCUCAAUUUCACUUACUUAUUCGCGAUCUUGUGUAUUUAUAAAAACAUUUAGGUCAUUUACUAUUGAAUUUGAAAAGUGGGUAGUUUCAUUGGUCCAAAAAGAGAAACCAGAUGUUCCUGAAGCAAACAUUGUGUGUUCUCUCUACGAUGAUUACUCUGAUAUAGCACGGCUUUUCAACGGCGGAUAUGAAUCAGCCACAUUCAACUAUUUGGAAAUGCAAACCCAUCGUGAAGUGCUUCGGACACCAGUGCUGAACUGUCGACUUUCCGAUUCGCUUUCAGGUCUUCCGAAAGAUACACCAGAUAAGAAGUAUUUCACGGCGAAGUAUAAACGCUCCGUUAUGAACUGGCUGGUUCAAUCGUCGGCUGUCGACUUCCUUCAUCUUCUAUUGCUUUGCAUGGAGUGGCUUUGUAAAGAAAACAAUAUUCGAGCUCGAUUCGUUAUUUCAAUUCAUGAUGAGGUACGGUAUUUAUGCCCUGAAGAAGAUGCACCACGAUUGGCUCUAGCCCUUAUGCUGAGUAACAUGUAUGUACGCUCAUUUAUUUCAAGCAAAUUGGGCAUCGAGCAACUGCCAUUGUCGGUGGCAUUUUUCUCCCAAGUCGAUUGUGAUACAGUAUUGCGGAAGGAAGUUCAUAUACCGUGCUUCAAUGCUGAUGGUUCCCCGGUACCUGAGGGUAUAACAUAUACAAUUGAAGACUUGCUAAAAAUUACUGGUGGAAGUCUGGCCGCUGACGUGACCUCAAGCAAUGAGGAUUGUGCAAAAAUCAAAGCUUCGUCAUAG